AUCCUGUAUCACGGGAGUUGCUUCAUGCCGCCAUGGAAGCAGCUUCCGCCCGACACGCCUGUGCUGUGGACCCUGGACAACCCAAAGCAGUUGGGCACCACUGCGUAUGAGAAAUACGAGAAGUACAAAUCAUGUACGACACUGGGGGCGGCCUGGGCCAGUGGCGCAAGACUGAUUGAUCUCAACUAUGACUACAAAAAAGGCUGGCUGAAGAUGGAUUUCUCUGCUGGCGCAAGUCCCAACUGGGGCCCCUGUGGAGUGAAUGGCAGUCGAGAGUUCUUUGCAUGUUUGAACAUUGAAGAACUCGGCAAGCUUCUGAGUGCUUCGCGGCAAGUGGCGGAUACGGCAACCUAUGAACUGAAAAAUCGCUGCCAGCACUUUGAAUACACCGGGCAGUUUGCCCCAACCUUUCGCUCCGGACGAGGCCGGAUACAUCCGAGCUCCCUGGCGGAAGCAUCGCGCCGCUUAGUUCUUUUCCUCCGCUCCGGGCUUCGCACCUUCUUCGAAUCCCUAAAUCUCCAGCAGGCUCCUAUCCAGGCACUUCAAGAUCCCGGCUUGCCGCUGGCAGUGAAGAGCAUGCGUGCGCUGAAAAAGCUGGUGCUGCCAAAGGAAGGUUGGGAAUCCAGCAGCAAGAAGCGAUGCUUCACGCGCCAGCCUGGCGUUCAAGUGGAGUUUUUGGCACCGCGGCGGGGAUGCUGA